AUGAGAGAUCAGCCUGUCAUCAACACUGGAAAUUGUAACAUACACUGCGGCGAUGCCGAUGAGAAGAAAGAUCGCAGAGUACAGAAUCUGUGGAUCGUAAGUGCUCGCGCACUUACAGAAACCGUUGAAGGCAGCAGGAAGAGCGUCUUCUACAAUGAACUCAGUGCGUUGCUGUUUAUAAUGGCCAGUCACCAGGUGGUCAUUGUCGGAAUCAACACAAAUGCGAAGAUGGGACUCGAACAACAAUUCGAUUUGCUAGGAAAAUGGUAUUAUUCACCAAGCGCAUAA